CUUCAGGCUUGUAGUUGUGCGCGAAGAAGAAAAUCCAUUCUUUUCUGAGAGAGACCGUUCGAGAGGAUGGUGAAUGCAAGAAAAACGGCAAUGGCGAUCUGCCUUGCUCUCCUCCUCUUGCUGGUGCUGGUCCAAGAUGUCCAUGCCCGGAAGCUCCCAUGUGAGUUGCAGAAGAAGCACACAGCUGCCCCGGGACCAUGUAGUGAGAACGGGGGACACGCGGGCGGUGCCAAGCAGCGACAGAGCCAACAGCUGCAGCGUGAUCCAACGAAAUGGGAGGAGAUCCACACGGAUUACAUCUACACCCAAGAUGUCAAACACCCAUAGCCACAAGUGGUGAUUAAGCUAGCUCAUGUUUAAUUAGUAGUCCCUGGGAAGAAACCGCAGUGGGGAACUGGGGAUCUUCUCCGCUGCGUUGCCCGUCAAAAGGAAGAACUUUCUGUCGUUUUGGAUUAUAUAGGAGGACGGAUUAGUCUGGGAUUUGGUUCAGGCUUUGAGCUGAAUCGCAGACUAAUCCUCCUAGUAGAGUAGUAGGUCGUACGUGGUCAGUGUAGUGUGUGCUAGAACUAGCAGGAGUACUUUUAUGCAAUCCGGAAAUAUCUUGGUA